UUGUCAUUCCAGUAAGAGCAGAAUGGCAGGUCUCAAGGAUCAGCUGAUUGUGAAUCUUGUUAAGGAAGAACAUGCCCCCCAGAACAAGAUUACAGUUGUUGGGGUUGGUGCUGUUGGCAUGGCCUGUGCCAUCAGUAUCUUAAUGAAGGACUUGGCAGAUGAGUUUGCUCUUGUUGAUGUCAUGGAAGACAAACUGAAGGGAGAGAUGAUGGAUCUGCAGCAUGGCAGCCUUUUCCUCAAAACACCAAAAAUUGUCUCCGGCAAAGACUAUAGUGUGACUGCAAACUCCAAGCUGGUUAUUAUCACAGCUGGGGCCCGUCAGCAAGAGGGAGAAAGCCGUCUUAAUUUGGUCCAGCGUAAUGUGAACAUCUUUAAGUUCAUCAUUCCUAAUGUUGUGAAAUACAGCCCAAACUGCAAGUUGCUUGUCGUUUCUAAUCCAGUGGAUAUCUUGACCUACGUGGCUUGGAAGAUAAGUGGCUUCCCCCAAAACCGCGUGAUUGGGAGUGGCUGCAAUCUGGACUCGGCCCGGUUCCGCUACCUGAUGGGAGAGAGGCUGGGAGUUCACCCGUUAAGCUGUCAUGGAUGGGUCCUGGGGGAGCAUGGAGACUCUAGUGUGCCGGUGUGGAGUGGAGUGAAUGUUGCUGGUGUCUCCUUCAAGAACUUGAAUCCUGAUCUAGGCACUGAUGCAGACAAGGAACAGUGGAAAGAGGUUCACAAACAAGUUGUUGACAGUGCCUAUGAGGUGAUCAAACUGAAAGGCUAUACAUCCUGGGCCAUUGGACUAUCUGUGGCAGAUUUAGCAGAAAGUAUGAUGAAGAAUCUUCGGAGAGUGCAUCCAAUUUCCACGAUGAUUAAGGGUCUGUAUGGAAUAAAGGAAGAUGUCUUCCUUAGCGUUCCUUGCGUCCUGGGACAGAAUGGAAUCUCAGAUGUGGUGAAGGUCACGCUGACUCCGGAGGAAGAGGCCCGCUUGAAGAAGACUGCAGAUACACUUUGGGGAAUCCAAAAGAAGCUGCAAUUUUAAAGUCUCUUAUAUGUACCACUUCACUGUCUAGGCUAUAAGAGAAUUUUAGUCAGAGGUUAUGCAUAUUUGUCCCUUACAGCUGAUCUGUGACUGAAGCAGUAAUAUUAUAAAAUGACCUGGGAAAAGCAUCCAUUUCCUGAAGUUAGAAAUAGGACUGGUUCAGAAAAACCUACAGCUGUA